ACUUACUCAGUAGUCACACCUACUUUGAGAGGACGCACUUCAGGAGCUGCUCUCUCGGUUCUCGGGGUCAGACGCUCUCAGCUCAGAUAGUGAAAUGGUUUUGCUCGAUAUUCUCUGUCACCCUCUGUGGGCCAUCUCCACGGUGCUGCUGGCGCUGGUCGUGCGCAUUCAGCGGAGAGGGCGCUGGGAUCCACUGGCCUGCACCGUGCACCUCAGAGGGAAGACGACUAUAGUGACAGGAGCCAAUACAGGGAUAGGGAAGUUCAUUGCCAUGGACUUUGCACGACGUGGAGCCCGUGUCAUUCUUGCCUGUCGCAGCGAGGCCCGGGGGAUGGGAGCAAUGAACGAAAUCCGGGAGAAAACGGGAAACCCCGACGUCCACCUGCGUCUGGUGGACCUGUCUUCUCUGGACUCUGUCAGGGAGUUUGCUCAAAGGAUUGUCAAGGAGGAGAAAGCUCUGCACAUCCUUGUCAACAAUGCCGGUGUAUCAGGUUUACCCAGGCAGAUAACCAAGGAUGGUUUUGAAAUGUCUUUUGCCACCAACCACCUGGGGCCGUUCCUUCUCACCAACCUGCUGCUGGAUCUGAUGAAGCGCUCGGCUCCGGCACGUAUCGUCACCCUCAGCUCAGUCAACCAUAAGCAGGGUGUAGUGGACUUCUCUCAUUUUCAUGGCGAGAACCUCAAGUAUUACAUGGACUCAGUCUACAACCACACGAAGCUGCACAAUAUCCUCUGUACCAACGAACUAGCUCGCAGGUUAGAGGGGACAGGUGUCACUGCAAACUCCGUUCACCCUGGUAUUGUCAUGACAGAGGUUUUGAGACACUAUCCGUUUAUGAUCCGCUUCAUGUUCAGGCUCAUUGGAUUUUUCUUUUUCAAGUCUCCAGAAGAGGGGGCAGUCAGCUCUAUCUACUGCGCAGUGGCGGAGGAUACCAAGGGGAUAACUGGGAAGUAUUUUGACUGCGACUGCUCUCUGGUUCUACCCUCGGCUUUAGCACAAGACGCUGCCCUGGCGGUCAAAGACUUUGAGAUAUGUGAGAGACUGACAUCAAAGCUCUGAGACUAUUCAGGCAAAUGGCAGCUCGAUGACAGAAAAGUCACCAGGAAAAGUCUCCACAGUCGCCAAAGUGCUACUCUUUGUGGGAACUGUUGGGUCCCUAUAAAUUUAAGGUCUUGACCUUUUUUAUGUAAUUCAUUACUCAUUUUGCAAUGUUUUUUCUUUUGUGUAAGGCACAUUGUAACCUUGUUUAGAUAAGUGCUAUACAAAUCAAGUUAUUACCAUUAUUAUGUGGGCAAAGAGCUUUCUGUAUACAUUUCCAUCGGUCAUUUGCAGGGACAUCAUUUUUUAAGGGAAGUGCAAAUGAAUGUUAGAGUUUGGGUUGGUUACUCAAAUGCAAUUAUUGGAUAUUCUUAUUAAUAUUCUUAUACAAAGAUCUUUAAUAAAUGUCACCUGAUUAUGA